AUGAAUAAUUAAGAUUUAUAAGAAUCAUAAGAUAUUAGAGAACUUAUUAACUAAAUUGGGGAAGGCCAUAAAAACUCUGAAAAAUUAAACAUAACCCAAGAUUGGGAUGAUUUCAAUACUCCAUUUUGUGAUUACUCCUAUUUCACUAUCACUGAUUACUCUGAUUUCUAUGCUCAUCUGGACCGUACUAAUCUGAAGAAUCACAAUUUUGGUAAACAGAAUUUGAACGACGUAAAAGAAAUAGAAGUAGCAGAUAUCGAAGACUCAUUGUCAUUGACCAUAAAAUAGGUUGAAAACAUAUCUGCCUAGAUAAAACACUGCUGUUCUCAAAAGGAAACUUUGAUCUCAACAUAAAUGUCUCAGCUUUCCAACAAUAAAACUUUACUGAAGGAUAAAAUAGUCUUGCAUAGUGAGAAAGAUUUGGAAAUUAUAACUAUGCUCAUCAUGCUUUUAGUUAAAUAAAAUCCUAAUCCUAAUUUCUUUUCCCAAGAUUAGGAAGAGCAAUUAGAUAUGCAUAUGAAAAUAUUAUUUCAAAUUCACACUAGUUAUGAAGAUUAUUGUCAAGCAAAAACACACAUUUAUUUUUAAAAUUAAGACUAAAUCAAAUAAGAGAUUGAUAUUAUAUUAGAGAAAGAUUUUACAACGUAUUUAAUAAAAAAAUUAGAUGAUGAUUGA